AUGGGUUUUCAUGCUGAUGAGGCAACGGCGAGUAUGCAACAUCAACCAUGCGCAGCUUGCAGGAUGUUACGCCGCAGAUGUGACAGUAAGUGCGUACUUGCUCCAUAUUUCCCAACCGAUGAGGUUGAGAAUUUUGCUGCAGUGCAUAGAGUGUUCGGUGCCAGCAACGUUAUCAAAAUGAUUCAGAUGGUUGAGGACACAAAGAGAGAGGAUGCGGUUAAAUCCAUGGUGUACGAGGCCAAAGCAAGGCUUAGAGACCCAGUCUAUGGGAGUGCUGGAGCAAUUUAUAAGUUACAAAAGAUGAUUGAGGAACUGAAGGCACAGCUGGAUUCGAUCAAAACAAGGGUGUCAGAGAUGGGUGAACAAAAGGAGAAGCUGCUGAGUGUUGGUAACAACAAAGGUCCUCUAUUUGGCGCCAAUGACCCUAUGUUCCAUGGUUAUGGUACUUUGUGGGAAGAUUUUGAUUCUUCUAUGGUCUCAGAUCCAUUUGAAUUUCCUGUAGAAGGUGGCUGGUUAUACAGCAAUAUGUCAACAUCUUCUGAAGAGAAGCAAUCAGCCUCUGAUUUUCAAUCCACUGCCACGUGUCAUUAUCAAAAGCGUUCAUUAAAACCUCUUUUGAUUGAUUUCCAGUGGGACCCACCAAACCGAAGCACGAACCAACCAUUUGACAGAGACUGCAUGAUAAAAGAGAUAAUGCCGAAAACGGCGUCGCUGCGGUCCUAA